GUUUAAGUAAGAUCCGUUCAAGAGGCCUGGGUAAUACAGCCAGUAAUCAGUUUAUCUUUUCGUGAACAUAGACAGAAAAACUGACUUAAGCCUAGCUGUAAGGAAUAUAAUUUGGGCUUGUGUUUUAAUCAAACAGUUUGUCACAUGGAGGUGUCUGGUAGACGACCGGCAUCUGAAUUCGACAAAGCGUCCGAGGAAGUUUGUCAUCCGUGCCAGCCAUGUCAGUAUUCAGGAAAACAGACGAAUUCGAAGGGGUUUUGCAAAGAAUGCGAAGAAUACAUGUGUGGACUAUGUAUUAAGUACCACCAAAGUAUGAAAGCAACAAGAGACCACACUAUUUUAGCGGAAAAGGAAGAUUUUAAGCGUUCAGAACAAGCCAAAGGCAAACAAAAUUGCGAAUAUUGUAAAGUACAUGAAGAGGAGAAGGUAAUGUUUUUUUGCCCAGAUCAUUCAAAGCUUGGAUGCAACGUGUGCAUGGUUUUAGAGCAUAAAAGCUGUGACGUAGCCUAUAUUCCAAACGUUGCUAAGGGUUUCCGGGCAAGCGACACUUUCCGCAAAUUUUCGACUCAACUAUCGGAAUUCGAAACUGAUGUUGGUUCACUGAGGCAUAUAAUGACCAAGAAUGGAGAAAAAGUAGAAGCUUUUGCUUCGCAGGAAAUAGAAAAUCUGAAAAAGUUUCGAGAUGAAAUCAAUGCCCUUCUUGAUGAAAAAGAAGUUGCUUUGCUGGACAGAAUAAAGGUUUUGAAGAAACGAGAUGAACUAACGUUGGAAAGCUCAAAGGAAGGUUUAGAAUCCAUUUGGGAGGAAUAUCAAACACUACAGAAGAUGUUUGACGAUAAACAAGAUGAUAGCAGCAAGUUGUUUAUAUCGUAUCAUCCAGCGCACGAAAAACUGCUGGAAAUGCAAAAUAAACUGCAGAUCAUUUCUUAUGAGAGUGAACAGCUUCUCAAUUAUCAAUUUGAAAGGGGUGUCAAAUUGUUACCACUUUUAAAAUCGCCGACAGCACUUGGGUGGAUUGCCUUGUAUGAAGGUGGAACCGAUUUAACCGGGACAGAAUUAUACGAUAUCACCCAUGACAAGUUAUUUGACCUUUCGUUGCUCGAAAGAGAACUUAAAGAACAUGAAAUAAAACAUGGUGUUGUGUGUGACGUAUGUAACAUGGGCAUCGUUGGACCACGCUACCAUUGCAUCACUUGCCCUAAUUAUGACUUGUGCCAGAACUGCUUUGAUGACAACACGCAUUUUGAACAUGGGAUGAAGCAAAUAAAGUAUGCAAGCUCCGGCAACGGCCAUUUACUACGUGGUCGCUUUGUCCAUCGUGGAUAUGGCUGUGACGGCUGUAAUGAGAUACCCAUCAUUGGAAAUCGUCAUAAUUGCAAGAUUUGUAUGGAUUACGAUUUGUGUGAUAACUGUAUGAGUAACAGUUCCAGUAUUCAUCCCAAGCACAAGCUAGUAAAGAUCAAAGGAUCCGAGGACACCAAACCAAAGUCGAAAGGAAGAGUCAAGAAAUUGCUAAGUGCAUUUGGUACGGGCAAAUAGCGAUGUGGAUUCAAAAAGAACAACAUAAACGAAAAUAAUACCCGACUCCCUACCUAAUAUUAGCUAGCAUUUGAUUUUCAGACGUAAUGCUACUUAUCAGUAGAAAAAUAUGUUGUUUUUAUUAUUGCAAAAUAAUUCAAUAGUAUAAGGCAUGUGUGAGAUGAAAUGGAAUGGAAAGGGGCUGUUUAUACGUUUUGUGUUUGGAAAUGAAGACCAUAGAAGACUCAUUUACAGUUACUCUUAUUAUUACAGUUAAGUGUUACUCUUAUUAUAUUUAACAGUGAUGCACUUAUCAGAACUGCUGUUAACAGAUUUGCACUUAUCAUUGAUGUAAACAGAGUUGCACUUAUCAUUGUUGUAUACAGAGUUGCACUUAUCAUUGAUGUACACAGAGUUGCACUUAUCAUUGAUGUAAACGAAGUUGCACUUAUCAUUAUUGUAUACAGAGUUGCACUUAUCAUUGAUGUAAACAGAGUUGCACUUAUCAUUGUUGUAUACAGAGUUGCACUUAUCAUUGUUGUAAACAGAGUUGCACUUAUCAUUGAUGUAAACAGAGUUGCACUUAUAAUUGUUGUUAACAGAUUUGCACCUAUCAUUGAUGUAUUCAGAGUUGCACUUAUCAUUGUUGUAAACAGAGUUGCACUUAUCAUUGAUGUAUACAGAGUUGCACUUAUCAUUGUUGUAUACAGAGUUGCACUUAUCAUUGAUGUAUACAGAGUUGCACUUAUCAUUGGUGUAUACAGAGUUGCACUUAUCAUUGUUGUAUACAGAGUUGCACUUCUAAUUGAUGUUAACAGAGUUGCACUUAUCAUUGAUGUAAACAGAGUUGCACUUAUCAUUGAUGUAUACAGAGUUGCACUUAUCAGUGUUGUAAACAGAGUUGCACUUAUCAUUGAUGUAUACAGAGUUGCACUUAUCAUUGUUGUAUACAGAGUUGCUUUUAUCAUUGAUGUAUACAGAGUUGCACUUAUCAUUGAUGUAUACAGUUUGGCACUUAUCAUUGUUGUAUACAGAGUUGCACUUAUCAUUGAUGUAUACAGUUUGGCACUUAUCAUUGUUGUAUACAGAGUUGCACUUAUCAUUGAUGUAUACAGUUUGGCACUUAUCAUUGAUGUAUACAGAGUUGCACUUAUCAUUGUUGUAUACAGAGUUGCUUUUAUCAUUGAUGUAUACAGUUUGGCACUUAUCAUUGUUGUAUACAGAGUUGCACUUAUCAUUGAUGUUAAGAGUGCUGCACUUAUCUUUGCUGUUAAAAUGAUGCACUUAUUAUUUCUGUUAGCAGUGUUGCACUUAUCAUUUGAUGUUAACAAUUUUGCACUUAUUAUUUCUGUUUACACUGUUGCACUUAUUAUUUCUGUAAAUAAUGUUGCAAUUUUAAUUGCUGUUAACAGAGUUUCACUCAUCAUUGAUGUUAACAGAUUUGCGCUUAUCAUUGAUGUUAACAAUUUUGCACUUAUUAUUUCUGUUAACACUGUUGCACUUAUCAUUUCUGUAAAUGGUGUUGCACUUAUAAUUGCUGUUAACAGAGUUGCACUUAUCAUUACUGUUAACAGUGUUGCACUUAUCAUUGAUGUUAACUAUGUUACACUUAUUAUUUCUGUAAAUAAUGUUGCACUUGCCAUUACAUUUAACAGUGGUGCACUUAACAUUGCUGUUAACAGAAGUGCACUUUUCAUUGCUGUUAACAGUGCUGCACUUAUCAUUGCUGUAAAAAGUUGUGCACUUAUCAUUGCUGUUAGUAGUGCUGCACUUAUCAUUGCUGUUAACAGUUACACUUAAAACGGCUUUUAACAUUGUUGCACUUAUUAGAGUAGAACAAAGUGUUACACUUAUCAUUACAGUUAACCAUGUUGCACUUAACAGUAUAGUUAACAAUGUUGCACUUAUCAGUAUAGUUAACUAUGUUGCACUUAUCAGUAUAGUUAACUAUGUUGCACUUAACAGUAUAGUUAACUAUGUUGCACUUAUCAGUAUAGUUAAUCGUGUUGCAUGUAUCAGUAUAGUUAAUUGUGUUGCACUUAUCAGUAUAGUUAACUGUGUUGCACUUAUCAGUAUAGUUAACUAUGUUGCACUUAUCAGUAUAGUUAAUCGUGUUGCAUGUAUCAGUAUAGUUAAUUGUGUUGCACUUAUCAGUAUAGUUAACUGUGUUGCACUUAUCAGUAUAGUUAACUAUGUUGCACUUAUCAGUAUAGUUAAUCGUGUUGCAUGUAUCAGUAUAGUUAAUUGUGUUGCACUUAUCAGUAUAGUUAACUGUGUUGCAUUUAUCAGUAUAGUUAACUGUGUUGCACUUAUCAGUAUAGUUAACUAUGUUGCACUUAUCAGUAUAGUUAACUAUGUUGCACUUAUGAGUAUAGUUAAUUGUGUUACACUUAUCAGUAUAGUUAACCAUGAUGCACUUAUUGCUAUUUACAUUAUAGCACUCAUCACUACAAUCCACAGUGUUGCACUUACCAUUUUGGUGCACCUUUCAUUGCUGUCAAAGACCAAUGUUGAUAUUUUAAUACGUCGAAUGUUAAUAAUAAGCUUUGGAAUGAACUCCUUUCAAGAACGAUUUUCACCCAAAUGUAUUUCUAUUGAUAUUCCCAGGAGCUAGUUCCAUUCAAGGUCUUAGUCUUAAAGUGAAAUGAUCCAAGUCAUAAUUAUGUUCGAUAUUUCACUAUGUUUGUGUGAAUUGAUUAUAAGUAGUAUCAAACUUGAAAACAAAGUUGGGAAAUGGAAAAAAUGUUGUUGUCCUCCAUGUCCCUAUAAAUCAGAUUUUACAAAUUAAGACGAAGCUUUACUAAGGUCCAAAAUGGGGCACAUAGUUAAAAUUUUGCAAACCACUCUUAAUAUUCACCAUUUGUAGCCAGUGCAAUUAGGAUUUAAAAACAUUAUCAAAGGAAGAAAUAUGAGAAUGUACAGUUGUAACCUUUUAUUCAUUAUUGUUCAAUAAAUAACACUGAAAUCAUA